CUAUGUAAAAAGAAUGAAUAAAUAAAAAAAGUUUACACUUAAAUGUUAAAUCUUUAAACUAGCAUCAAGUAGAUCGAGUACUUGCGUUUUAAAAUCAAAAUAAGAGUAUUAACAUAUUGUUUUUGAAAUGGCUAUUGUUAAUUUGAAAAACCACAAAUUAUGUAAUGCUUGCGAUAGUGCCUAUUACAUGCCAAAUUUCUUAACCGAAGAACAAGAAAGUUAUAUCGUGGAAAAAGUAAAUUCAGCCCCCAAGCCUAAGUGGAUUCAGUUGAAAAAUAGAAGACUCCAAAAUUGGGGUGGUAUACCUCACGCUAAGGGACUGAUACCAGAAAAAAUCCCAGACUGGUUAAACGGAUUUGUCAAACAAAUCGAUAGACUUGGUGUGUUUCCCUCGACCAAUCAACCGAACCAUGUUUUAGUAAAUGAAUAUUUACCUGGCCAAGGAAUUAUGCCUCAUUUGGACGGAAGUCUAUUUUAUCCAACAGUUACAACAAUCAGUUGUGGAUCUCACACCAUCCUCAAUUUUUACGCUGCACCAAAGCAAGAUGGAGGAAAUGGUACAUUGUUAAAUAAAAAAGUGUACAGUAUAUAUUUAGAAAGAAGAAGUCUGCUCAUUUUGCGAGAAAGUAUGUACAAUGAUUAUCUGCACGGCAUUGAAGAGAUCAAAGAAGAUAUAGUGGAUGAAACACUUUUGAAUAUCAAGUCUUGUGGGUUGGACACUAAAAAAGGAAAAAUAAUAUUGCCAAGGGAUACACGCAUAUCUUUGACGGUUAGAAAUGUGCCCAAGGUGGCCAAACUUAAUUUGAACAAUCUGUUAAAAAAUAACAGCAAUACCGAAAAACACUAACACAAAUAUUUUGCGUACAUAUUAGGCAUUUGAAAUAAAAAAAAUAUUGAUACAUUUACAAACAACAUCAAAGCAAGUUAACGCUGAGACCAGAACACUACAAUUCUUGGUUAUUUACAGCACUCGCGCACACAAAAAGUCUUAUGACAAUAAAAGUAAUUAAUAAUUAAUAAAAAAAAAUAUAUACAAUUGAAAGUAUAUGGCAAACCCACGUCGCUCAAAAUA